AUGACCUCUGAUCAUCUCACCGCCCUUCGACAUCUCCGUGAUACCCUCCAAAGUCCUAUCCCUGAUGUCGACUCGUUCUCCUUCCUCCUUUCUUCUACUCUUCAAUCACUCCACCUUCACUCAACGUCUGUCCCUUCUUCUACCCCCGAGCCCUCAGUCCUCAAGGCCAUCCAAAGGUUCUUACCGUCUGUCCAACAGCUGCUCCUUACCAAUGCUGUUCCGACAUUCCUCCAUGCUCUCGAUGAAGGUCACAGAGCCUUACUCGACAUUUUGUUCUGUCCGGCCAAAUCACCGAGCUUCUCUCAGCUUCACGUAGCGAGAAGGAUAGCGUUCAUUUCUUACUUGACUCUGUCUUCUAUGCUAUUAUCAAAAUCCGACCGGCCAUCGCUACCCACUCUCAGUCGGCAAUACUUGCUGGAGACCUUACGAAAGCUAUCGGGGGCUCAUGGGAUAGACCAGCUCUACUGGGCUGUGUGGGGAGGUCAACUCGGUGAAAAGGAGGAUGACAUAUCUCGACAGCUACAGUGGGAGGACACUGUGAAGGCGAUUGUGGGCUUACCGGCCAAGGUUGCUAAUGCUGUCGGAAGGUGGAAGGCGGAAGGUUGGGAGGGAGACGUUCCAAUCGAGCUCAUACCACGGUCAUACUUCCACAAGCUAGCUGUCAGCCUGGAAAGUAUCAUCUAUGAGACUUCUCAGUCUCAACGUGAUCCCUCACCCUUUCGCGCAGUUUUCGAGAAGUUGUCAUCUGUCGGCUUGAUUUCUACCUCCCCGUCUGUCACAACUUCUCCGACUCCUUCGAUACUCGGCUCGAUGAUGCCUCCUUUGCUGUCCCAUCUACGCCCUCCGACUUCCUCUCCGUUGCCCCCAUACCCCUCAACCCGUUGGCCUUCACUCCUUUUGGGCCUGCCCACUUCGUCUCUCAGUAACCUUGUUGAAUCAUUACUCCAACACCUUACAUUUCAUCUGCAUGAGGCUGCUGAACUCGAGCCUGAUCGCCCUGAUGAGCGCAUUGCCAGAGCUGUCGAGGUACUGACCCUGAUCAUUGGGCCACCUGAGGUAGGAGGGGAAGCAUGGGAAGCGGUCGCGCGGACGAUCGUGAACAAAAAGAUCACAGUCAAACCUAUGAACGACCGGGAGUGUGCUCGAAUACGUAUUUGUGUGAGCUGGAUGGGUCAAGCUGGAGAAAAGGGAUGCAAGACGCUUCUGGACAAGGUCAUAGAUGCUUGGACGGAUGCGAAAUACGUCAAAUUCAGCCUCUAUUCCCAGCAGUUCUAUCUCACAUACAUCGUGCUCCUUGCAAUCAGUUUGUUCCCUCCCUUUCACCCUCACAUUAUCUCCCUAUCUCACAGACCCCAAUUUAUACUUUCUCUACAGGCUUAUCUCGGACAUCCCGACCCUAAGGUCCGUCGUCUCGGCAUGCUAGUCGCUGAGAUAUUGAGCGAGCGAACCAUGGAAGACGGUCCAAACGAUCCGAUGGCGUCGCAGCAGGAAGAGAUUGAAGAGCUCAGAGCUGGUUUGGAUGUGGACGAGACGACGGGUGAGCAUCGAACGGCCAAGAAGCAAAAGAGGACUGGUGGGAAGAGGUUGAAUUUUGGGAAAGAUAUGUGGGAUGGGGAAGGAAAUGGGAAAGAAGAAUGUCGUUGGCUCCGACGGGCAGUUGGAGUCAAAGAUGGUCAAGUGGAAAUCUCAGAUGACCCAACUGGCAAAGCGUGGCUGUUAGGAUGGAAGGAUUUACCUGUCAGCGAAGAGUCUUCCCAAUCUCCAACCUUGCUUGAACCGACCCCACCUCGGAGUAGCGCUCCGGCGAAGCAGGCUCGGGAAAAGGGACGAGCGGUCCCAACGAAAAAAAUCAUCAUGCUGGAUCCAGAUCAAGAAGCUGAUCCACUGUCUGGAUAUACCCUUCCCUCUCCUUCUUCCUCACGUUCAUCCUCUCCCACACCGGAAUUUCUAGAGGAAGUCGCCGCUGAUCCUUCUCUCGCCAUCGGUAAGGUAGGUGAGAAGAAAGUCACCCGACCGGUGUACGCCCAACAGUUGGUGCUCCUGCUGAAAGAACGGGAAAAGCCUGAUAUGGUGGAGAUGGGAUUGAAAUGGGGAGAACAACUAGUCCGAGCCAAACGAUCAUUCGGGACUGAGCUAGCGGACAAUGCCGAACCUUUGGUAGCUAUGACAGUAGCUUUGAGUCAUUCGUAUAAUAUUGAAGGAUUUGAAGAAAAACGACAAGGUCUUUUGAAUUCUCUCGUUGUCUGUGCACCACAACAAGCAGCACCAUACCUCAUUGAACUCUACUUUACCGGUCAAUAUGCUUUACAACAAAGAUCAAUCAUUCUCACUGCUCUCGCUAUGGGUGCUCGUGAAUUAUCAGGCAUGUCCAUCCCUCUUCCACCUUCAACAAAGAAGAUCGAUUUUCCAUCUAAAAUCCUUCCACCAAAUUUACAUCGUAAAUACAUUUCUCCCUCCGACAUACCCCAAACUAUCACUUACGAUCCUCUGGAAGAAGCAAUCUCCGGUGUACGUGAUUUGGUCCUUAGUAAAUCCGCUCAAAAAGGAGAAGAAACCAUUCCUUCUCUAGCUCGAGAAAAACGAUUAAGAGUAGGUUCUACACGUCUUACUAAAGUUGCUCCAAUUGGAUCCAUACAAGAAACUCAAAUGAUGAAACCCAACACACCGAAACCGAUAGUAGAAUUCAAAGAUGUCGCUGGGGAAUAUUUCGUGAUGCCACUCAUCAAUCGAUUCUGGGAUUAUUACACAGAUUCCCAAAUCCGAGAAUCUAGAGCUAUAGUAUCCGGUUCUCGAUAUCGAUCAGCGGGUACAGGUUUGAUUUUAUCUUCGAUGGCAUUAGAGAAAUUCCUCAUGACUCUAACACUUUUGAUUCAUUCCGCUAGACAUUCUCCUACUUUUUUAGCUGUUUUAUGUCCUGAAGCAUUAGAAUUAGCUCUUACUAUUGGUGCCCGAUCUCCGACUUUACACGAUGAGAUGGAAGGGGAAGAAGAAGGUAGAGAAGCUCAAGUGGUAGGAGCGGCUUUGGAACUAGUUUUGGUUUGUUUGGAUCAUGCGUUCGAGUUAGAUGGAGGAAGAACGUUGGUGUAUGAUAAAUCGGAGAUGGUGUUGGCUUUAGGAGAAUGGGCUAAUGGUGUUUUUGAAGCUUGUAGUAAAGGUGAAAGAAUGGGUGGAGAGGGAGGUUUGAGAGAAGGAAAGUUGAGAGCUACCGCUGCAGGGGUGGUAAUUAAGAUAUCUGAUAUAGGUCAGAAAUGGUCUUUUCUGGGGAUACGGUGA